CUGAGGGCAUCGCUACGAGCCGGGCUCUGUCCGUUACGAGUCCGUGCCGCCGAGCCGCUUUCCAGAGCGCUCCUCCUGCCCUGGGCCGCCCGGCGAUGGCAGCGGGGCCAUGAGGAUCAACCAGAGCACCGCGCUGCAGGGCGGGAAGGUGACGCUGGUGCCGUACGGCCCGGCACACGUGGCCCGGUACCAUGAGUGGAUGCAGUCAGAGGAGCUGCAGCGCCUGACCGCCUCAGAACCACUGAGCCUGGAGCAGGAGUACGAGAUGCAGCGCAGCUGGAGGGAUGAUGCAGACAAGUGCACCUUCAUCGUGCUGGACGCAGAGCGGUGGUCUGAGCAGGCGCGUGGGGAUGAGGAGUGCAUGGUGGGGGAUGUCAAUCUCUUCCUCACUGACACUGAGGAUCCAACUUUGGGCGAGAUUGAAAUAAUGAUUGCAGAACCCAGCUAUCGUGGCAGAGGAUUUGGCAAGGAGGCAACUCUGAUGAUGAUGUCCUAUGGAGUGACAGACCUAGGCAUCACCAAAUUUGAGGCUAAGAUUGGUCAGGAAAACGAAGCCAGCAUCUGCAUGUUCAAGAAGCUUCAUUUUAAGGAGGUUUCUGUGAACAGUGUUUUCCAAGAGGUGACACUGAGGCUGGAUGUCAGUGACCAAGAGAAACAGUGGCUCCUGGACCAGACAAAGCAUGUGAAGAAGAAAAGCUACAUUGAAGAGAAGCUGCCAGCUGGGGUGCAGGAAACUGACAGAGCCAGGUUUCAGGGAAAGCUGAGAACACUGCCUGAAGUUUGGACCUGGAGAACAGCCGCUAAUUCACAGACUGGAUUAAGAACAACUCCAUGACUUUAACAUUGGGAUCCAAUGGGAUCACCAGCAGUUGAUUCCUGGCACAACCAGUUUCUGGACAAGCAGCAACCCGUGUUCCCACUUCCUCUGCUCUCAGAGCAAGAUUUGUCACUGUUGCAGAGGAAGCCUGAGUGCUCAGGUAGCUCCAUCUGUCCUCUAUUAAAUAGUGAUUAAAAAAUAAAAAUCUCAGGUGCCUCUGG